AUGCACACUGCAGAGUCUGUGCGGCUUGUGGAUGGAGCUGGUCUCUGCUCUGGGAGAGUGGAGGUGAAGUCCAAUCAGUCCUGGGCCUCAGUGUGUGAAGCUGACUUUGACCGGCAGGAUGCAGAGGUAGUCUGUGGGGAGCUUGGCUGUGGGGCUCCUGCAGCUCUACAGGGGGGGCUCUAUGGAGGAGGUGAGGGUCAGACCUGGGAUAAAGAGUUCCAGUGUAAAGGCAAAGAGUCCCUUCUCCUGGACUGUGACACCUCAGACAGAAAACACAACACCUGCCUACCGGGUAAUGCUGUUGGACUCACCUGCUCAGAGCCUGAUGAUGUGAGGCUGGUGGGAGGAGGCAGUCGCUGUGCUGGUGGAGUGGAGUGGUACGACCAGGGAGAGUGGAGGACUGUGGGAACUCUCUCUGACGUGAAGGAUGUAGCUGCAGUAGUGUGUAGACAGCUGGGUUGUGGUUUCACUGUUUCAGUACUUCCUGGAAACACCACUAGAUGGUUUAGAGUUUACUGUUCUGGGUCUGAGUCUUCACUGAGGGAGUGUAGAAGAAGAUAUAAUAUCUCUCCUGGAUUCACAGUGAUCUGCUCAGAUGACUCCCACCAAGGGACCUACAGAUGUGUUUAUGACAAUUAUGUUUUCUCUCAUAACUUCUCCUCUGAGAGCGAGCUCCUCUCCCUCAGCAUCACAGCCUCUCCUCUGCCAGCCUUCAUCAUCAGACACGUUGUAGUGCUGCUGCUCCUACUGACAGCCAUCACCACCUCCUACCUGUACUACAAGCCCACCAGGAGGCAGAAGAGAGUGAACAGGGUGAGCAGCAUGGAUCUUGAUGUCAAUGCCAUGGAGAUGGUCUCUCUGAGCUCCAGAGCUGAAGCUGGACCGGGAGAGGAGAGCGCAGCCCAGGGGACGGAGUAGGAGUAGAAUGAAGCUGACCCUACAUGCUGAUCUUAGGUCAGUUUUGUGUUUUAAAUCGAUGGUCAGCAGUGGACUGGUGUUUAAAAUGUGGUGACAAACCUGAAGUGGUUCUAAUUUUAACAAGUUCAGAAUUAGUUUAUCUUUCUAGAACCUUGGAAGAAAUCUAAAAGGAGUGACUGCAACCACCAUUAUUCCUUUUAGUUUGGUUUUUACCACCAGAGAAACAUGGGGUUUUAGUAACAUGGGGU